UCAGAGCGGAAGUAAACAAUCCGCGGCGCGCCAGGUUCCCGCGCGGCGCAGAACGAUCACAAAACAGCGGGUUUUUACGAACUAAACACGAACUAAACACGAACUAAACACGAAAUAAACACGAAUCAAACCCGAGGCGAACCCGGAGAGGAGGUGAUGAGAUGGACACGCUUUAUCUGGACAACAUCGACGAAUACGUGCACGACCAGGACAAGAUCGUGACGUACAAGUGGCUGAGUCUGACCCUGGGCGUCCACGUCAACACGGCCAAACGAAUGCUGUUCCAUUACCUGGAGCACAAGAGGAAGGAGAGCUCCGCCUCGCUCCACGCCACCUACCUGCUGUCGGGCAAGACCCAGGACCAAGGACGCACGUGCCAUAAAGUGUCUGUGGUGCGUGAGGAGGACCUGGAGGAGGCGCGGUCUCGUCUGAGCGCGGUGGUGAGCGUGCACGUGUACAGUGUGCACAAGGCUCUGCUCCGGGACAGUGCUCCUCUGUUUGGAGUCGACUACGACGCCGUCAGGAGCAACCUGCAGCAAUGUAACAGGUUCAGUGCGAUCCGCUGCCCUGACGCUGUUCCUUUGAGCAACGCGGAGCUGCACCGGUCCAGAGAAACGCCCGCCCCCCCUCCGCCCGCAGAGACCCCCAGACCGCAAACCAACGGGGCAAACCUCAGCGCCAAGACCUGCCCCAAGCCCAAAGGCAUCAUGGGAAUCUUCGCCAACAAACCCAAGACCGAGACCAAGACCGAGACCAGGACCAAGACCGAGACCGAGACCAAACCAGAGACCUCAGAGGAGCCAGUGACCGAACCAAAACCUGCUCCAAAAACCAACGCCCUUGCAAACUUUUUUGGAAGUCAAACUACAAAGAGACCUGUUGUUGUGGUGGUGAAGGACGAGAGCAGCUUGACAGAACAGCGCCCCCCACAGACCAACAGAGACCAGCGCAGCGAACAAGGGGCGGAGUCUGACGGCAAGGAGGAGGAGCCAAAGGAGAAGAAGAGUAAACGAGGGGCGGAGUCUGACGGCGAGGAGGAGGAGCCAAAGGAGAAGAAGAGUAAACGAGGGGCGGAGUCUGACGGCGAGGAGGAGGAGCCAAAGAAAAAGAAGAAGAAGAGGAGGAGGAUCCAGAGACCUGAGGACAGCAGCGACGAAGAGCGAGACGUGAUCCCAGACUCUCCGCUCCAGACCAAGAACCAGACGAACAGAGACGAGCCCGCCCCGCUACAGACGGAAAAUUCUUCGACAAAAACGAGGAAAAGACGACGAGUUCUCAAAUCCAAAACGUUCCUGGAUGAAGAAGGAUGUAUCGUGACGGAGAAGGGCUACGUGAGCGAGUCGUACUCUGAGACCGAGGAGGAGGUCCAGACUAAACCAGGUCCCAAUCCUGGUCCUAAACCCGGAUCUGGAUCUGGAGCCUCGACUGAGGAGAAGAAGAAGAAGAAGAAGACGGGACCGACAGGCGCCAAAACCACCAAACAGGCGUCGAUCAUGGGCUUUUUCAACAAGAAGUGACCCUCCUCUUCUUUUUCUUCUUCUUCUUCUCAGAUCUUCAUAUUUUAUCUGUUUUGUGCCGAAUAAAGACGAGAACUUCA